AUGGGAAAGGAAGAGCUUUUAGAAGCUCUUGUGGAACUCCAGACUAAGACAUCAGUAAACAGUCUUUGUGCUCAAUUCUCUAUUAUUUAUAAUGCUCUAAAGGAUAUCCAUCGCAAACGCUGGAGGUUCCUGGAAGAUGCAUGCUCCGUUGUUCUAUAUCAUGUUUUCGGGCUGAUCUCGAAGGGUCAAGAUGAAGAACUUGAAGAUUCCGACCGUCAAAAUCCUGCGAUUUCGACAACAAAGGCUGUCAAGUUGUAUCUUCAAUUCAUCGAGCCCUUAAUACAUUCGACAAUGUCAAUUGCUAAUGUUAUGGGCGAUGAACAAGAAGCCACACAUCAACAGGGCGUGCUGGUGGCUGCUUUGUUGCAUUUGUUUGCAAAACUUACUGGAAAUCUAGGUUCGAAGGAGUUAAAGUCAAGACUUGUUGCGGAUAUUUUAAGGUGUGACGUCGACGUUCACGUUAUACUAACUACACUUCGAUUUCGAGAAAAGCUGGUGGAAUGUCGUCGAGUAUUACUGCCGUCAUACGAAAGCGAUUCCGAGACGGAAUCAGAGGUAGAGUUGGAUGAGGAAGAAGAAGAAAUGAGAGAGUUUGCUAUGGAAGACAUUCAAUGGAUUGUCGACCGCGUGGCCAACAUGUGGGGGUUGACAAAGUAUCGGCGAUUUUUGCAGAUGUCGUUGCACAAGCACGCGUUUUCUUCGUGGUCGAAUCAGGGAAUUGGCAAUUUCAUACAUGCGCUAAUGAUGGACGAAUUAAGUACGCUACCAGUGGUGGUGUCACCGUUUUCAUGGCUCUUUCACGUUACUGCAUAUGCCCACUACAUGAUUUGUUCGAAAGAUCACCAGGAUUGCAUUCGUGGACUUGGUUUGCUGCGAGCGGUAGACGACCUAUGCCCCCAAGGAAAGCUUAUCAUUUUUGUUAAGAAGGGGAGCGAAGCUAUGCGAGAGAAGCCACAAUCGUUCGUAGAUCACGUUGCGCCAUUUCGUGCAAAAGAAUGGCUCUCUCCUUUGAUUCAUGUCAUUACGAACGCAAUGAUAUCUUUUCGUGAGGCCAAAGACCGAUCUACAGCGCUGAAAGUCCUAAAAGAGCUGAUCUCCAAGCUCGUAGGAGAUGAUCGAUUUAGGCUGCUACGUGGCCUGAUCAUGAAAUGUCCAUAUGGCAAUGUGUCCGCCGUGCUGGUUGAUUUUGUUCGUGAGGAUGCAGUCCAAGCAUGGUCUUCCUCCGAUUCAAGCGAAAAAUACCCUUUCAAGACGGCAGCAAUCUGCUUGUUGAUACAAGAUGUCUUAAGCCAAACAGAAGAACGCGACCUUGUUUUGCAGACUGAUCUGCUAGCAAGCUGUUUAAGUCUCGUGCGGUUUUUAUACGUCUGUGACAAGGGCAACGAAACAGGCAUUUGCACUAAAAGUGUUUAUUGCGGUAUCUGGGAGGGUCUGGUGCGUAUUAGCAAGAGACUUCACAGGAAAAUCGAAGAAACAACAUCACGCCACAAUGCUAAAGCUGGAUUGCAUUCCAUUGAGAACAACUACACGGUUCUAGAAGCAGCUCUUGGCUCGACUUUGGAGCUUCUUAGUGAACCGAGAGCACCUCUUAAGUAG